GUUCGCCUCGCCGGUGCAGCAAAGUCUCAAGCGCAUGGAAUGUAGCACACGGAGCUUCCGCGUUCGCAAAUCAACGCCCUCCGCCACCUCCUCCUCCUGGCGUCACCCACGCCCGGCUGUCGCAACAGUCGCUUUACAUGCCACCACCUCCAUCAUCAUCAUCAGCAGCCGCGGCCACGUUGACAGCGGCGGGAGGCGUCGAGGGCAGGCCAUGGCAGCCACUUGGGCAGCCGGUGCCGUGUUGGGUAUGGACCCCGCGAAGAAGGCAGCCGCCCUAGUCGUGGUGCUGCUGGUGUGCCUGCACGGAGCUCGGCGUGUGUCUCGCGGAGGGAGCAGCAGCUGCGAGAGUCUGUUCAGCAGCGGACGUCACCUGAGCAACGGGAUGUGGCAACCCGAGGGUUGCAUGGUGCAUCACUACACGCAGAGGGAGGUGAAGGAGUGUCUCGAGGAGAAGUAUGUCGUUUUCAUGGGCGACUCACGAAUCCGCAUGCUGUAUCAAAGCUACCUCAAAUUCCUGACGCCCACACCUCCAAACGGGGCCAAGUGGCAAGAUAUUCAAUACCGUGAAAGUAACCCAUUUAUAAAAGUGGAUUUUUUAUGGGCUCCAGAUGUCGGUGAAUCCAUGACAAAGCACUUUGCUUCUUGGAAGAUGCCGAAUGAGAUUACGCCCGAUGUCAUCGUUAUGGGUGCUGCCACGUGGGCCAUUAAGCUGACGGGGGAUAAGGAGGAGGGCUUGGUGCUGUAUCAACGGGAGCUGAGGAAGCUGAAAUCGCACAUGAUCAACGUCACCCGAGCGUCGCACAAGCACAGGGAUGUCAUCUGGGUCCUGCAGGACCCGGUCGAUGAGGCCAAGCUGCACUCGAGUAGGAAGCUCAUCACCAAUCGUGCCGUGGAGAAAUACAACGACGUGACCAUGAGUGUGCUUGAGGGCAGCCCCGUGCGGAUCAUGAAGGCCUCCAGGCAGGUGGCGCAGCACUACUUGCACCUCUCGGAUGAUGGGCUGCACAUUCCUGACGCUGCACGCAGCAUUGUGUCGUCGCUCAUCCUCAACUCGCACUGCAACCGCGACGUGCGCCCGCUCGACGGCUCGUGCUGCUCCAUUCAGCGCGACCCCACGCUCAUCCAGGCCAUCACUGCCCUCUGUUUCCUGGGCUUCGCGGUCGCCUGGGCGGCCACGUGCGUACGCCGAGCCUCUACGCCUCCACCGCCACCUCCGCAGGAAGACGUGGAGACUGCUUUGGUCGCCGAUACUCCGCCCGUCAUAGAGAAGCUGGAAGCCAGCCAUCCUGUCAAAAGAGGGGCGGCCGAGGAAGUACUGGCCUCACUCACUAAGCUGGGCUUCAUCAUGGCCUACUUCUACCUCUGUGACCGCGCCAACUGGUUCUACAAAGAGCACAAGGACUACCACCACUCACUCUUCUUUGUGCCGCUUGCUGUGAUCAUGGUCCUCGGCUGGUACUUCAGCAAGGAAACUAAAGAUACAGUGUUGUUAAACCGCGACCAGACAGAGGAGUGGAAGGGCUGGAUGCAGCUCAUCAUCCUCAUUUACCACUUUUCGGGCGCCAGCUCGUUCCUGCCCGUAUACCUGCACGUGCGGCUGCUCGUCGCUGCCUACCUCUUCCAGACGGGCUAUGGACACUUCUCUUUCUUUUGGGCCAAGGGAGACUUUGGCCUCUUCCGCGUCUGUCAGGUGAUGUUCCGGAUGAACUUUCUGACGGUGCUGCUGUGCCUGGUCAUGGACCAUCACUACCAGUUCUACUACUUCGUUCCACUCGUCUCGUUCUGGUUCCUGGUGAUGUAUGGAACACUCGCUGUGCCUCCCAGGAUUACCGCCAAGGAUGGUGAAAGUAGCGUGUACUGGAAAUUGCUGAUGGUGCUCAAGUUGCUGAUGCUGUGUACCUGCAUAGUGUUGCUUGCCCUUUCCCAGGAGGUGUUUGAGGGCCUGUUUGUGGUGUGGCCGGUGUCGGAGCUGUUCAUGCUGCAGGGCAGUCUGCACGAGUGGUGGUUCCGCUGCCAGCUUGACCGAUUUGCGGUGCUCUUCGGAAUGCUGUUUGCGUUUGCGUACCUGAUGAUGAAGCGACGCGGCUGGAUCAACGAGGCCAACCUCGAGUCGCUCUUCCCCCGGUGGCUGUCGACCGUGCUGCUCUUCUUCUGUAUCUCCACCAUCGUGGGCUACACGGUCUGGUCGUCGCGAUGCAGCAGCAAGGCUGAGUGCAACCAGAUUCAUCCCUACACUUCUCUGGUGCAUAUCCUCGCAUUCGUGUUCGUGCGGAACAUCCCUGGCUACGCCCGCUCCAUGUACAGCACCUUCUUCGCGUGGUUCGGGAAAUUUUCUUUAGAGCUCUUCAUCUGCCAGUACCACGUGUGGCUGGCGGCGGACACGCGCGGCAUCCUCGUGCUGGUGCCAGGCGGCUGGGUCCUUCCCAAUGCCAUCGUCACCACGUUCAUCUUCGUGUGCGUGGCGCACGAGGUGUCGGCCAUCACAGGCGUGCUGGCCCAGCACCUGGUGCCCAAGGAGUGGCCGGCGCUCCGCCUGCACAUGCUGCUGCUGGCCAUCUCCCUGGGACUCCUGCUGCUGCUCCAGUGGUUGCAGAACCGAGUGUGGACGUGAAUACCUUUUCCAACCAACCAACGCUCGCUCCCAAUCCCCUCGACUCUUUAACCCUCACCCUGGGCCUCACCACCUCGAACGCUUUGCUCCCGCAACACCUUAAACUUUUAAUUUGUUCGAGGCCCAGUCGCCUGUCGGCUCAUUGGCUGAAAGCGUUCACCCACGCUGCUGCGUGUGUCAGCUCUGGGGUGGGGGGGUGGGGGCGUGACAUCGACAGGGAGUGCUGUUGGCCCCAAACACGAUAUCACUCCAUGUGGACUGCAGCCUAUCUCAGUGGGCCAUGUGAUUCCUUAAACUUAAAACGUUCGGCUGUAAUGUGCCACAUUUAUACUUUUUUUUUUCGGAGCAGAGACACGACACACGACUGUGACCUCAUACGUUUAAACUUUAAACGUGAACACCUGUAGCACUUGAGAGGUUCAUAUUGCUGCUCGGUCUUAUGAAUAGGUGCAUAGGGAGGCACUCUCCACAGGUGUGGUUUAUAUCUUUUAAAUUCUGUUCUAGGUGGGGCUUGACCUAAAAAUAUGCCCAUUGUGGUAUAGUUAAUUCCACUAAAAGAUCUCCAACCUGUGUUUUUCAUGUACUGCUAAAGUUAGGAGUAAAAUCCCUAUUGGAGCGCUUUUGUGCUAUUCGACGUACUUUUGUCAAUGGCCACGACACUGAAAUGUGCAGCACCAAUUGCCUGGUCUCAUAAAUGAUCAGCAACUUUGUUCACCCAUGCAACUUUUGCAUUUCAGGCAAUCGUGAGAAAAAAAAUCCCACUGCCAAUGCAAGGGUAUCUCACCAGAGGCUUUCAGGAUAAUGUUCUCCUUUGAUCUGUUUUGGGUAGUGUCGUGGAUUUCAAACAAGACACUCAAUGGUGUCAAAAGCACGCAGCUGUUGUGCAUAUGCAACAACAAAAAACCGUCAGCAUCUCCCGAAGAAGUGCAUUGUUGGUCUCCUUGUCUUAGAUCACCACCAAAAUACACUCGAACAAAUUUGACCGAAUUACAGGAGGAUUGAUGCAGUGAUAACUGUGGACCGGUUUCACCACAAUUAGGACUCAUCAGCAAAUUACAUUUGCCAAUGCUCCGCGCUGCAGAUUUUUUUUUUUAAAUGUUUGUAUCCUGUUUGAAAUGUAUGGUUUUCCAGCGUGCACUAUUAUUCUGUUAUGAAGGGGUUUUCUCGCCAAUUACAGAUUUUAUGUAAUUGGUGUGGCAUGUUGAUACAAACAGGUCGGCAUUACGUAUUUCUUUUUUAAUUAUCCAUUUGGUUUACAGGGAUAUCCACUGAAUGUUUUAAUGAAGACUGUAAAAGCACUGAACAGUGAAUAACAUCUUAUAUUGUCACUUUGCUGAUGCCAAAUGGAACUGUCAUCUCAAGCUGCUGCUGCACAGCUCUGAGAUUUUGACAGCAUUUGGCAGCCUCUGAGAUGCGGACUUCAUCCCCCUAAGCUUUUCCUGCCGAUAUAGAUUCUCCAGAGCAACAUGAUAUGAAAAGACGUUCUCUGACAAUUAUUGUCCAUCCUACAUAUGAAACUGGUCAUUCAAAUAAUAUGAACUGUAUUCGAAUAAUAUGAAUUUAUGAGGAGUUAAACCAAUGAAGAGAAAGGUUCAUCAUUGAGUCCCAGGUACAGGGAACUGUUUUAAUCUUCUUGCAAUGGUAAAAUAAUUUUAUGUAUAGAGAUGAAUUCAUACUGUGGGAGAAAAACUCCCAAACAGAACCAGUCUCGUAGAGAAGACUGUUACAUUGCUGGUGAAUGGUGAAAUGAUGGGAUGGUUGGGUGUUUGGUGUGUGUUGGGUAAUCAAGAGUGGUUUGUGCAAUCUGAGGAAGAAAUGUAAUGGGUGCCAGGUCUGGUGAUGCGAGAGAAAGACCUGGCUCUGGGUGAACGUGGGGAAAACGGGAACCGUUUAUCCUUGGUGGAUUUUUUAAGUUUACUAUACAUUACAUGUUUGUCUCUACUGUAAUAGACUUGGGAUUUUGGUGUGAAAUGCUAUUUUGUAAUUGUCAAUUUUGUUGAAAAAAUUGAUGUAUUAAUGCAUUACAAGACUUCAUAAAUAUAAAUUAUUUGGAUGGUUA